AUGCCCCGGUGUGCCAACCCUUUGUUUCUGAGAUGGGUCAAAGAGUUUCAUGCCGAGAAGGACUACCGUAUCAAGGGCGGACCCCCUCGCCCUACAGGCUAUGAGAAUGCCAUUCGUGCUCUGCAGGAGUGCACAGAGAAAUAUCAGCACCCCGCCGAGCUGAAGAAACUCAACGGCGUCGGACCAACUUGCAUCGCAAGGUUGACCGAAAAGCUCGAGAAAUAUUGCAAGAAUAAGCGUAUCCCGAUGCCUGAGCCGCCUGCGCCUAAACGUCGAGCUCCAGCAAAGCCUAAGCUGACGGCUGCGCAGAAGCGCGCUGCUCUCAAGGAAGAGGAAGCCAGGUUCGUCGACGAGGACUCGGAGGAGGAACCAACGACCACCUCAACUGCGUCACGGAAGCGGGGUGCUCCAAAGCGCAAAAAGGCCGAGGACAGUGACGGCGACGACGACGAGUACGUGGAGCGCCCGAAGAGGCGUCGUGUUGUCCGCCGUAAGGCAGUGAUGGAGGAAGAGGACUCAGACUAAGGGUGAUAUGACUUGGGCUUUCGACCGUGGACGUUAUAUACUCUCUACACUCAAACAGCGAACAAACAUACUAUACCAAGUAUCAGUGUAAUACUUCCAGCUUUCUAUAUGUUUGACCCAUCCCAAUCUUGCUCAUGCAUCGAG